AUCUGGGCUCACAGGCACCUGGUCCAGCACAAAAAAAUACAAUUUGUAUAUUCCGGAAUCUCAUGAUACUAAUAAUAUAUCCGGGACUUUAUCAACUCCCCUUCAUUCGUUCAGCGAAUCUCUCUUCAUUUGCUCCGGUCGUCCUCUUCGCCCGAGCUCGAGCUGAUAUCUCUCUCUCUCUCUCUCUCUCUCUCUCUCUCUCUCUCGGCAAUUCGGUUGUGCUGCUGUUUUUUCGAGUCGGCGACCCGCGUCGUUGCUUUGGUGAACCGCGUCCUCCACGUGACUCUCGCUUCUCGCGGCGAUUUGAUGCUCCGUGUCCGCUCGCCAGCUGUGACCCGGCGGUUUUGAUCCUGUGCUGCUUCCCGUGCCGCGCGGAUUUGACAUUCCCGUGGGCUUCUAUACGGUUUUCCUGCUGCGAGCGUCGAGGUCUCGACCUGACAGUGAGGGAAAUGGAGAGGAAGAUAACAAUUGGUGUAUGUGUAAUGGAAAAGAAGGUGAAAUGUGGCUCCGAGGCUUUUUCUGCUCCGAUGGGACAGAUACUUGACAGGCUGCAGGCAUUCGGUGAAUUUGAGGUAGUGAUAUUUGGAGACAAGGUUAUUCUUGAAGAUCCAGUAGAGAGGUAUAGUAUAACAGUGAUGUUGAACUGGUUAACGUUGGACUCUGCAACAGCCAUAUUCAAUAUAUGAACAUGGCCAGCAUGUGUCUUAAGAGCAAGCAAGAACAACAGUCAAAACUGAGCGAUGCAGAAAAGGAUGAAUCAGAUGAUCCUUUAAAACAUCACACAUGUUAUGAAGAGUUCCGGAGAUGUAGCUCUAAUGGUGAGAAGGCACUGGAUCAGGAUGAUGAGGAUGAUAGAGAAACCAAAUAUCGUUUGGAUCCAAAGUAUGCAAAUGUCAGGACACCAGACUGUCAUGUCCGCACUCGGCUUUACUUCACAUCAGAAUCUCAUAUCCAUUCCCUGAUGAAUGUUCUCCGGUACUGCAACCUGGACGACUCCCUUCAGGGGGAGGACAACCUUGUUUGCGACAGUGGUCUGGAGCAAUUGUACAAGACAAAGGAGCUGGACUACAUGAGUUACAUUGUCUUGAGAAUGUUUGAGAACACAGAGGUGGCUUUGGAGGAUCCGAAAAGGUUCCGGGUGGAGAUGACUUUUAGCCGUGGUGCUGAUUUAUCUCCACUAGAGAUGAACGACAGCGAGGCUACUUCGUUACACCAGGAGCACACGCUUCCGAUAAUGGGUCCAGAAAGGCUGCAAGAAGUAGGAUCAUAUCUGACGCUGGAGAAGAUGGAGAAGAUGAUACGCCCAUUCUCGAUGCCGGCGGAGGAUUUCCCUCCACCGUCAACCCCUCAGGGAUUCUCGGGUUACUUCUCCAAGAGCGCCACUGUUCUAGAGCGACUGGUAAAUCUAUGGCCUUUCAAUAAGCACGGCUAUGCCAAUGGAGUUUCAAAAAUCUGACUCGAGAACUGUUUGCGAGCAAAAUCAUGCUUUCCCUGUAAAGCACCGGGCAGAGGUACACUGUGGACAUUGCAUGUAUUGAGGUAAAAGACCAACUUUUGGGGUAUGGGUUACUCUGGAAACAUGUGAAAACUCGAUGUCACAGAUCAACUUGACUAUAUUACUUCCAAGUUCUUUCAGAUAAUAUAACUCUGUUGGUGACUGUUAUCCGCUAAGGAUGUGCGGCUGGCUCCAGUGAUCACGAACCAACUACCUACCCGUCGUUAAUGGGAUGGACUGCUUGUUAAAUGUGGCGGGGCUCCUAUCGGGCUUCCGUCCUACUAGGGAAAGCAACAUCGCCGAGUUAAUACGAGUGAGUGAGUUGUCGUUUAAGCACGUGAGCUCGACGGCUGAUACCGCUGCAAUGGACGAGAAGAAGACGGCAAAGGACGGUGAUGCCACAGCGAGGACUACUAACAACAAUGACAAUGAUAUUAAGAGCCAAGUGAAAAGGAUAAAGAAGGGGCUCGAGAGGACGAGACCGGCGAGCAUUAGGAACCAGCCUAUGGUGAACGUCCCGAUCUGCACGCCUGUCAGCAGGGGCGGCAGCAGCUCGGCUCUGCUCUGCUCUGCCUCCCCUGUUUCCCCUGAAGAAGGGGCGAAUAUAGAUUCGGUCACUGCCUCCUGUUAAUUUUUUUUUCUUUUUAAGUUCCCUUUUAAUUUUUGAUGUUUCUGUCCAUGUUGGAUUUUUUUAAAAUCAUUUUUAGAUGAAGUUGUGCUUCGAUAUGUUUUCUAAUUAUCUAUUUUCAUAGUGGGAUGACUUCGUACCCUAUAUAGAGCUUGGAAGAAGAAGAUACUUUGAGGACUGGUGUGGACAAGUUAAAUGUAUCUUAAUGUUGAAGAUCCAGGAGAAAAUUAUCUGCGUUUGCUGUGUGAUCA